ACCAACCACAGUGAUUUUCCAGCAGAGCAAAACGAUUUAAAAUUUUAAACUUAAUCCCAUAAGAAUUUAUAUUAAAAAUAAAAUGCAUAGUCUCCGAGAAACGAUAACAUGUUUACAACGAAGCAAGAUAACAUUGGAAAAUAAUCACUCAUACAAAAAUUGAGACGCUGCCGAGAGGGGAGCAAGACGAUGGAUGUCGACCCACGGGGAUCGGCUGUUUAUUUCGUUCCCCUUCAGUUUGUCGUUUCUUACUGUCGAGCCAAGAGUCAAGAUAGUACAAGUUUGUCGCACAGUGUAUGAUGCGGCAAACGGAUCGAACGAUGAGCAUGAUCCUGCGAAGGCCUAGGAGAGAAUCGGACUUCGUGUUGUCGCAUUUCGGUCACUUCAAGGAACAUCUCUUCAAGUUCCUCGUCAUCGGCGACUAUGGUGUCGGCAAAACUGCGUUGGUCAGAAGAUACACGGAAGGAAAGUUUUCCUCGAAUUACAAGAUCACCAUAGGCGCCGAUUUUGCGAUAAAAACGCUCGAUUGGGAUCCGCACACUAAAAUAAACUUGCAGCUAUGGGACAUCGCCGGUCACGAGAGAUUCGGAUACAUGACCAGGGUCUAUUAUAAAUACGCAGUGGCAGCGGCUCUCGUAUUUGACAUUUCGCGCGGGGCGACCUUUCAAUCGAUGAAGAAGUGGCUGUACGAUCUCAGGGAAAAGAUCACGCUGCCGGAUGGGUCGAAUAUACCGAUCGUUCUUUUGGCAAACAAGUGCGAUAUAUCGGUCGCCGUGACUGACGAGCAGAUUUCCAAGUUCUGCAAAGAGAACAAGAUAAACGCCUGGUAUGCGACCUCCGCGAAGAACAAUACCAAUGUCGAUACAGCGAUGCGCUAUUUGGUGGAGAAGGUUUUGUGUUCGAAAAUCGAUAAUGGUGUACGCGAUUCGAUAAAAUUACAAAAUAAGAACUUGUUGAAACACGAGUCUAGUUGCUGCAAAUAGAGCGAAAUGGACAUUUAUUUUAAGAUUUUAUGAUCACUCGGAGAUAUAUA